CGGAGUACUUUUGCGAGGGAGCUUUGUAUAACGAGCGACUUCUCGAUUGCCCUCGACUUGCAACUUUUCGACGAUGAUGGAAUCGAACCUCUGCCGCACAGACCACCCGGAGGUGGUUUUGCUUGGCCGAAAUUUAUUUGUUCUACUUGUGCCCAGGUACGCUUUGUACAUGGUCUCGAUUGAAAUCAGUCGCAGUCAUGUCUGUCGCCCCUGUGCUGUCGACUCCGGAUACACAUGUCUUCGAGGAUCCCACUCCGGCCAUCGACCCUUCCUUGGUGCGAAACUUCUCGGACGAACAAUUAUAUCUCACCUACGAGAUCAAGAGGACGGUCGACGAAAUCCGCCAUGGCAAAUACAAAAGAAUAGCUCUCCAAUUUCCGGACCACAUGUUGACCCAUGCCCCGAGAGUCUUUGAAGCUUUGCAGAAAGAGCUUGCUUUGCAGGACAAGAAGCAGCACGUGGCUGAGAACUUGGACGCUCUUUCACUCGACGCCGAUCAAAAGAGACUAUGCAUUCUGGGUGACACUUCGUACGGCGCUUGCUGUGUUGACGAAGUCGCUGCUGAGCAUGUCCUUGCCGAUGUCGUAGUCCACUAUGGCCGUACCUGUCUGUCUCCAACUCAAAGGUUGCCCGUCAUCUACGUCUUCACCUUCCGCCCGCUCCAUCUGGACGCCGUAGUCGCUAGCUUUCAGAAAACUUACCCGGACAAGAAUCACAAAGUAAUCCUAAUGGCAGAUAUUCCCUAUUCAGAACACGUUCAACCUCUGCAAUCUGCUCUCCAGGAAGCCGGCUACAACAACCUGUUUCCCACAUCGCUACUUCACAAUCCCUCAUCUCUGUUGCCUAAUCGUACUGUGCCUGCUGGAGUGGACGCGGACGCCAACGUUCUUCGCGAAUACUCCCUGUUCCACAUUUCAGAACCACCAACCUCUCUUCUUCUUAACCUCACCUCGCGGGUUUCCUCCAUCGACAUCUACCCAACUGUUUCCGAGGGCUCAGAAGCACCACAAACCAUGUCGGCCUCUACUGCUCAGAUCCUUCGACGCCGUUACGCCCUUGUAACAAAUCUCAGCACUGCCUCCGUCUUCGGUAUUCUGAUCAAUACUCUUUCCGUCAAGAACUACAUGGAAGCCCUUGCUCACGUGCAAGACCUCAUUACCCGUGCCGGCAAGAAGUACUACACUUUCGUUGUCGGCAAGGUCAAUGCUGCCAAGGUCGCAAACUUCUCGGAAGUCGACGGAUGGGUCAUCAUUGGCUGCUGGGAAAGCAGUUUGAUCGAAAGCAAGGACUUCUGGAAGCCCAUUAUCACACCCUUCGAGUUGGAGCUGGCUCUCACCGACGAACGCCAUCGUAUUUGGACUGGAGAAUGGAACAGUGACUUCCAAUCUCUGCUCGGCAAGAAGACUGUUGUCAGGGGCGAAGGCACUUAUGACGACGAUACCGAGGAGCAGGAUGCCGACGGCGUUAGCGCUGACUCAGAUUCGGAGUCUGAAGCUCCAGUCUUUGAUCUUCGCACUGGACGCUACGUUUCUCAGAGUCGCCCGAUGGCACGACCUUCUGCUUCAGCAUCGAAGAAGACUGCUGCUACCAGUCUCAUCAAGCGUGCCAAUGGUGAUCUCGCUCAAAUCGGUGGCGAGGUUUCUCCUGCUGCAGAGUUCUUGCGCAAUAAGCGCACAUGGCAGGGUCUGGGCACCGAUUACGAGAUUGCCUAUGACUAUGACGAGGAUGGCAAGAUCAAGGGUGCUGCCAUGGAAGAGGGCCGUGGUGGUGUAGCAAGAGGCUACGUUGUUGGUGACUCGGAGCGCUCAUGAAGCAAGCAUAACCUUGAUAAUGACAUCGAAGAAGAUCCACCACUACCACUUACAUCAGAGAUCAAGACUUGGAGCUUAUGCACAAUGUGCAGAUGCUGAGAGCUCAGGCAGAGUAUUUUAGUAGAUGCCUCUCUUGUCUGACAAUAACAACCAGCGCACACUCGCAACAUGGAAAAU